CAGGGGGUGCUCCGGGGUCGACGUAGUUGGGGGGAGCUCAGGCAGCUGCGGAGCUGGAGGAGGCUGGCGCUUUCCCGGGCACCGUCCGCCGUCUACCUUCUGCGGGCGGCUGCAGGCGGUCCCGCGCUGAGCAGGUUAACGUGGGGCGGCUGGCUCCUGUGCCCGGUUUUAGUAUCCUGAAGGCAUCACCAGUGUGUGGAGUCCGCGCCACACCUGCCCCCUACCGAAUCACGGCCUUUACCUGUGUGCUCCAGUGUUUCCCCUGCGACCCGUCGUGUAGGAGGACCUCCUGGGCCACCUCCGAGUUCACGCAGCAUUCGGUGGCACCAAUGGUGAAGAUGACCCGGUCCAAGACAUUCCAAGCUUACUUACCUUCGUGCCAUCGCACGUACAGCUGCAUCCAUUGCAGAGCUCACCUGGCCAACCACGAUGAACUAAUUUCAAAGUCUUUCCAGGGAAGUCAAGGGCGGGCCUAUCUCUUCAAUUCAGUAGUCAACGUCGGCUGCGGUCCUGCGGAGGAGCGAAUUCUGCUAACGGGACUUCAUGCAGUGGCUGAUAUUUACUGUGAAAAUUGCAAAACUACACUUGGUUGGAAAUAUGAACAUGCCUUUGAGAGCAGCCAGAAAUAUAAAGAAGGCAAAUACAUCAUCGAAUUAGCACACAUGAUCAAAGAUAAUGGCUGGGAUUGAACCGCCGACGGAAGAGGAAAUGACAUCUGAUCCACGCCGAGCGUUCACUCUUCCGACUGAACAUUUUGUCUCCGAGAACGAGCAAGCGAUUGGCACUCUCUGGGUGCCACCACACACCUUCGGGGCUGUGGGCUUCGUUGUCAUCCUGAGACCACGCUUCCUUGCGCGCACACCCUCUCUGCCGUCCUGAAUCAGCGACCGUCCACCACUCCGUCUCUUUGCUUUUCAUAUCUGUUUGUGAGUCCCAAACUCAAGUUAGCGUAUCCUAGUCUUCCUCUUUCACUGUUCUGGCAUUGUGUGGCGUUGUGUUUCUUCUUCCCUUUUUUUUUUUUUAACGACAACAAAAAGCAAAGAAUGAACCCAAUGCCAAACGGUUACACAACUUACGUCUCAGAAACUGGUGGUUGCCUUUUGGGAGGGGAGGGGGAUAAAAUCAAGGUUUAGGACCCCUGAGGGGAGAAACUCAAUGAUUUGGGGGUGUGGGACAGAGAAGAGAGAAUGAGUAGGGUUUCUGUCAACCCCUUUAUUCUUUUAAAUCCUGACAAACCAUGGCUUGAAAC